UAAACUAAUUGGGGCGGAGAAGGAAAUGAGUUUCCUACGCAAAUUGGUGUCCUCAAGUUUCCCUGCUCAAGUUUUGAGAUUUUCGAAGAGGCCCUUCAAAAUGGAGUCUCUUGAUGAAUCUACCUCUUCCUCCAUCAGCCAUGGUAUCCAUGUCUUCCAUUGCCCAGAUGAGUUGGGAAUAGUUGCAAAGCUAUCAGAAUGUAUUGCUUCAAUAGGUGGAAACAUUCUCAAUGCUGAUGUUUUUGUGCCCGAGGACAAGAAUGUGUUUUACUCUAGAAGAUUGUAACCUGGCAUUCACAAUUUGCAAACAUUUGAUGCUGGCGUCAAAUUAAUUGGUGC